UUGGCCAAGGCGUCGGCCUCUUGGUUUCCUUCCCUCACGAUGUGACAAACUCUCCAAUCUUUAACCUUUUCUUAAAGGCCUCUAUAUGUAACACCCAUAUUCUAAAUCUUCAAAGACCCUGACAAGGUACAUUUACCCACUUAAUCGCAUUUCGUGAGUCACUCUCCACCGUAAGGCUGCAAGAAUUUGCCCCAGCGACUCUGAAAAUAGAAAGAACGCCUCCCCGAUGGCUAGAAUCUCUACCAUAUUGAAAUCCCCUGUUCCAAUUUAUUUGUUUGGACAAUAAUAUCUAACGACUUUAAAACUCGUUUUUUGUUUUUUUGCCAAGUAAUAUCUUACUACCCCUUUUUGUCCUUCUAAAAAUUUGAUGUUGACUUUGAGAACCCUGUUUCCCUUUUGCUUUCCACGAGUUUAAUCGUACACUAUGCUGAAUCCCUAGACCAUAGAAAUGCCUUUUGAUUAAAUAAACCAUAAGCACCGAUUAGGAAUUUCCUUGCAUCUACUCUCCUUUUUUAAUCAUUUCGCCCAUGUGAGAUUGAUAAAAUAGUCUGAGCUCUAUAUAUAUCACACUUGAAAGAAGCUUCAAACACCCGCCCUCUGCAAGUCUAGGUCUAUAGCCAUAUCCUUGCAAGUUGCAAACCAUCACAAAACCUUGCCGGUCAAGUUCAUCGGAGAACUCUAAUCAAAGACACACUGAGAAAGUGUUUGAUACAAGCUUGACGCAAUAUCAGCCGUUUCAUUAAGAGGAUAAUGGAUGUUGGUUACCAUAAAUCUUUUGAAAGCUCGUUUGAGUCGGCUGACACAACGGGGAAAGUCAUCACCUGCAAAGCUGCUGUAGCAUGGGGUCCUGGACAGCCUCUUGUCAUGGAAGAUGUUCAAGUCGCUCCCCCUCAAAAGAUGGAGGUCAGGGUCAAAAUCCUCUUCACUUCAAUCUGUCACACGGAUCUCAGUGCUUGGAAAGGCGAGAAUGAAGCUCAGAGAGCAUAUCCUCGAAUUCUAGGCCAUGAAGCUUCAGGAAUCGUUGAGAGCGUUGGUGAAGGUGUUGAAGACAUGAAAAAGGGUGAUCAUGUCAUUCCAAUCUUCCAAGGACAAUGUGGCAACUGUGUCUGCUGCAGAAAUGAGAAAACUAAUCUCUGCCAAAGGUUUGGAGUGAAUCCAUUGAAGAGCGUGAUGGUAAAUGAUGGCAAGACAAGGUUUUCGACCAAGGAUGGGAAUCCCAUAUUUCACUUUCUCAACACCUCCACUUUCAGCGAGUACACUGUUCUUGAUUCUGCGUGUGUUGUGAAGAUUGACUUUGAGGCCCCCCUUGAGAAAAUGAGCCUCUUGAGUUGCGGCGUCUCCACCGGAGUUGGAGCUGCUUGGAAUGUAGCCAACUUGCAACCGGGAUCAACGGUGGCAAUCUUUGGUUUGGGUGCCGUGGGACUCGCUGUAGCUGAAGGAGCGAGAGCGAGAGGAGCAUCAAAAAUAAUAGGCGUUGAUAUCAACCCUAGCAAAUUUGCCAAAGGCAAAGCCGUGGGAAUUACAGAAUUCAUUAACCCAAAGGAUCUAGAAGUGCCCGUGCAUGAGAGAAUUGGGGCUAUGACCGAUGGAGGUGUAGACUACAGCUUUGAGUGCGCGGGAAACCUUGAAGUUCUCCGCGAGGCAUUUCUGUCCACCCAUACGGGAUGGGGACUGACUGUACUAUUGGGAAUUCAUCCAAGCCCAAUGUUGCUGCCUCUGCAUCCAAUGGAGUUAUUCAAUGGGCGUCAAAUCAUAGGAUCGAUCUUUGGAGGCUUCAAAGGCAAAACCCAGCUACCAAUGUUUGCUAAACAAUGCAUGUGUGGGACCCUAAACCUAGACGAGUUUAUCACGCAUGAGCUUCCCUUCGAGAAGAUAAAUGAAGCCUUCCAACUGCUAGUUGACGGGAAGUCACUUAGAUGCCUUUUGCACCUCUAAGCUUUUUCACAGAAUGCUGGCAUCCAUUGGACAUGGCAACCCCUGUUUCGCAAAUCACUCAUAGCGUGCAUGCAACAAUUACAUGUUUAUCUUGUAUAAUGGAAACCCUUAUGCAAUAAUAUGGUUGUUCACCACUAGAAUAUAUCAACCGUGCAAUAAUAUAGUUGUUCACCACUACAAUUACAUGUUUAUCUUGUAAGUUUUCUUAACAAACUUACGUGCCAGUUA